AUGAAGGAUGGCGUCAGCGAUCUUGAUCUUCCGCUUGUGGAAAAUGAGGAUCCUGACUUACAUGACCCAGGCGACAACAGUUUAUAUCGAGCGAACGAGAAACGCGAGCGUCAGGGAAAGCCACUGAACUGUUGCGAGCACUGGGGCCCGGAGAGAAGAAAGCAGUUCUCCUACAAUCACGUCAACCACUACACCCUUAAGGACCACCACCUCCUGCCAUUCAUCAAAUACGGUUCAGGUUUAUCCGACGGCGCAAACAUCCACAAGGUUCAUGGCGGGUUCUCGCAAGUCUUUUUUGUGCAUAUCCACCCAGAGCACCAUGAAUUCGACGACGACGACCUGGAUGCCGAGCGGGGAUUUGCUGUGAAGCAACUGACAGACGAAGGCCAUCAUGCGAAUGAAAAGUUCAAGAAAGAAGUCAACAUGCUGAAGAAGUUCACGGGGGACGGGGCCCAUUCACAUGUGGUGUCUGUCCUAGCGACGUACGAACAGUUUGGGAGAUUUCAUCUAAUCUUUCACCGAGCCAACGGAGACUUAUUCAAUUAUUGGAAACGAAUUUGCCCGUCUCCAAAGUUUGAUUAUGCUACCGUUGUCUGGGUGGCCAAACAGCUUGCGGGACUGGCGGACGGCCUUUACCGCUUUCAUAGGCAUUACACGACUCCCAAGACCUCAGAGGCAGACCAAUCAUCGGAAGACACCAAUGAGAAGGACCACAAGAACCGGCCCAAGGACAUAUUUGAAGAAAACAUUCUGACAGGAACGAAAUGUACUCGAUUCCAGGGUGAUCAAUUACCUCACACAACCAACAAGGCGGCCCGUCCGACUCAAGAAGACUUGAUAACGCAGUACGGCCGUCACGGUGACCUCAAGCCGGAGAACCUUCUCUGGUUCCCACACAGAGGCGACGAGAAAGGAAUUCUGAAGAUAAUCGACUUUGGCCAAGCAGAACUUCACUCGGAGAACAGCAAAACGUAUCGUCAGAGCCGUGGCAUUGAUACCUUGACUUACCGACCACCGGAGGGUGAGAUACAGCCGCUGAUGAUGCGUCAGUCCAGUGAUAUAUGGUCGCUUGGCUGUAUCUAUCUUGAGUUCGUCACUUGGAUGUUCGAUGGGGCCGAAGGCGUGCAAUCGUUCAAGACUUCGCGGCUAUCAUAUGAUCCCCAUCUUCGUAUGAAGUCAGAUAAGUUCUUCGAAUGUGUGACAGUGAGUGGAUUUGAACAUGACGGCGCUCAGUUGAAGCAUUCUGUCUCAAAGCACAUCGAGGAUCUGGCAUCACGUGCAGACUGCUCAGAAUACUUCAAAGACGUUCUCGGAUUGAUUCGCGACAUGCUUGUCAUUGAGCCAAGCGAGGAUCAUCCACCUCCUAACCGACGCAAAUGCUGUGGAGAGGUGCGCAACUUCCUCGAAAAGGCAUACGAGAAGUGUCUUAAGACAAGAUCUUACGCGAUGGGUGGUUGA